AAUAAAUGACACAAGAUAGUUUCCUAUAAUUUUUCAAAAUUUUUUAAAUUUAAAAGUCAUGUCUACUUUGUAAAUCAGAUUACAAGUUUGUGUAAAUUAUAAUGUAGAAUAGUCAAGGCCAGAGGCACUAUCUAUUUCGUCAUACUGCGUUAAAAUGAAUCAUGUCUAACAUAAACAGUUGAUAAAUUGUUACUACAGGAGUUAUGAUUUAGGUGAUAUAAAUGAGCAAAUAAAUUAGUAUUUCGGUGUAUUCUGUUUUAAGCGGUUGUAUGGGAACAAUAGUAUCAAGUAUUGAGUUAAAAUCUUUUACGUUUAUUUGUUGAAAAAUGUUAAAAAGUGCUUCGAAAGUGACGAUAAACACUGGUAACGUGUUAAACCUCAUUGAUAUCAAGAAAAAGGCUGGGCAAAAUGUAACUGAAGAGCUGACAGAGAGCAUCAAACUAACUCUAUCAGAAUGGGGUACACAGAACUGCCAGCCCGUGCAGAAUGGCACGGUGGAAUCGAAGGAGCCAUCUCAAAAUUAUAUGGUUCUAUCCACGUCGAAAGCGUCAGAGGCCGUGGUGAACAUCACCCGGCCGCACGAUGACGUGCAGAACAAAAUGGAGGAAGAGGAACGCAAGAAUCUGAAGAUUGGUGUUAAGAUCUUCAUCAAUGAAGAUAGCACGGCCGCUCUGACUGAGUGUUUGGAGAAUGUAUUCACGGCGCUCAGAACGGAGUUCAUUGAAAACGUAAUCCUAUCCUAUAAUCCUGAUAUCCUGCAUAAAGAAGACACGCGCGAUGAUACAAUGAAGAACGCUUUCACCAAAGCAUCCCCUAUUUCCUUGGGCAGCAAUGUUGGACGUAUACCGAGUACGGAAAUGGAGGCGGACAGUGAGGCUGAUGCGAAAAAAUGUGAAGCUAUUCUUCCUGGUAUAAAAGUAUUGUGGGCAGUUUUGGAGGACUAUGUGAAAGAUGGGCGCGUCCAGCAGCUGGGCGUGGCGGACGUGGGCGGCGGCUGCCUGUACAAGCUGCACGCGUGGGCCGCGGUGAAGCCGUCCAUAGCGCAGAUCAACCUCGCGUCGUGCUGCGUGGUGCCGCCCUCGCUGCACGCGUUCUGCAAGGCGAACGACGUGCAGCUGCUGACGCACGCCGAUCCGCCGGAUCUACUGUCAGUAGCUGCUGUGAAAACACUAACAGACGCGGGCAUCGGCUGCAACAAUCUGGAUUGGUGCGCGCGAUACCAAGUGCACAUCAAGUGUCGCGGCGUUCUCGCACUCAAAGGCUAUGUGUGCAAGGCCACCGUCGGCGAGCCGCAGAAAUAGAACCUCCUAAAAGAUUGUGUAAAGUUCCAGAGCGAUAUGGAAAAUUUUCGAACGUUCUGGAAUGUUGUGGAACGUUGUAAAACAUUGUUAUACGUUCUAGAACUUUAUUUGAAAAUGUUCUCGAACGUUCUAGAAUAUUAUGAAACGUAGUAAAGCGUUCUCGCAAUUUCGAGAAUUUUAUGGAACGUUCACAAAAUUCUUCAACGUUCUGGAAGGUUUUAAAUUUUAUGUAACGUUCUAGAAUGAUUUUGAACGUUAAAAAUGUUCACAUGCGUUGUUAAAUGAUCGCGAACAUUCUAGAAUGUUACCGAACGUGUUAAUAGGUCUAAAAUCAUUAAGAAUAUUCUAGUAUUGGCUGUGUGUGUACAACCAUCACAAAAGAUUUAUGUGGCUUAUAUUAUUAUACAAACCAAGUGAAUUGGAAUUCUGUUAAAAAUAUAUGAUCUAGCAAAAUACACUGUGGACCUUAAAAAUAUUCUGGCAAAUUGUUUUGCAAUUGAAAUUUGUUUUUUACCUAAAUGUAGAAGAUUUGACUGCAAACUGUAUAUAACAUAGAAGAUUCGUUUAAAAGAUAUGACAUGCUGUAAUCUAAGCUAGUUCUACCCAAAACAUAGAAGAAUAUUCCAAGAUACAAAGUAAUGUUCCAGAACAAAAUAUAAUGUUCUAAAAGCAAGACUUCAAAAAUAAGCCG